AUGUAUCCUACUCCUCACUAUCCAGCGCCCCUCCCUUCAUCCUCUAAGCCCACUCAACCCACUAAGAAACGCCAACGCAAGAAAGACCCCGCGAAUGACGAGCCGCCGCCCGAGAAGCGAGGGGCAAUCAUGAAGAAAAAGUGCCCGAAGAACAUUCUCGACCGUGUAGAUCGGGUAAUGUCCCAGCGGUUCUUCAUGCUAUCGCGGAGGCGUAACCCAGGAGAGUUGCGGGAAGAGUUCGGAGUGCUUGGAUCAACUGGGAAUGUAUACACCGUCACCAUUGGCAACUUCCCGUCCUGUAGCUGCCCUGAUGCCUCCAAAGGAAAUCACUGCAAACAUAUCCUCUUCAUUUAUCUCAAAGUCCUCCAAGUCCCACAAGAGUCACACGUAUGGUAUCAGAAGGCGCUACUUACAUCUGAACUGGACGAGAUCUUCUCCCGUGCAACUCCGGCCCCCAACUCAGCGGCCCUGGCUGAUCAUCAUAUUCAAGAAGCCUAUGCUCGAGCCACGGGGGCUUCGUCAUCCCAGCCGUCUUCAUCUUCAGGCAAGGACAAAGGUAAACCCAAAAGAAAGGAACUUGGACCCGAGGACGACUGCGCGGUCUGCUAUGAGGCGAUGGGCGGCAAGGGCUCAGAGAGCCUGACGUGGUGCGAUGCUUGCGGGAACGCGCUUCACUCGCAAUGCUUCGCAGAGUGGGCCCGAUCUUCUCGCGGUUCCGUUACAUGCGUCUACUGCCGAGUUCCGUGGCCCAAUGCGCCGAUGAAAACUGAGGCGAAAAACGCAGGCGAUGACAAUAGGUCUGAGGGAUACUUGAACCUUGCUGGCGUUGCAGGCAUUAGUCCAGUCAGGGAUACGAGUAGCUACUAUCACGGUUAUGGUCAUGGGCGACGCUACUACGGAAGUAUCGACGACGAUUUUGAAUGAAGCCUAGCCGACAGUGUGCUAAAGAAUACUGGAUAAAGCCAAUUAUUUUAAUACCACCUUAACUACCAGAAUGCGAUCCCG